AUGGAGUGUGCUCCUGCCUGUGAGCUUGUGGGCAGGGAGGGUGGCGAUGGAGGAGCCGAAUCCAGUGGAGUGGCUCUCUGCCUCGUGCGGGCUCCUCUUAUGCCUCUCCUGACAGUCGAAGCUGGGGCGUCCAUUCUUUUUCGACCAUUUAAAAGUCCGCUGAAGGGCCAUUUGCCAGGAUGCAGCGAGGAGAGCCUUCGCAAGACGCUAGGAGUUCGUUUAAAGCGCUCCUCGUGCUUCCUGACUGGCGCCAAGCAAUUCAAGAGUCCACCUCCUCUAACGUCUGCAGCGGCUUCGGAUGCCGCACCAUACGAACCCCUCAUUCUUUACGAGCCUCAGAAAGAUGGCGAACGCAAAGUUGAGGUGGACCCCAUGCUGACAAGCACCCACAAUAUACAGCGCUCGCGAGGAGCGAAGCGCAGUGGAAGACGGGAGCUGUCUUGUUGUUUGUUUCCCAGGUGGCUCCGUGAACAUCAAAGGCAAGGCGUACGCUUCGUGUUCGACUGCCUCAUGGGCCUUAGAGACUUCGACGGCUACGGAUGCAUUCUGGCAGACGACAUGGGUCUUGGGAAGACGUUGCAGAGCAUCACGGUCCUCUGGACUCUUUUGGUACAGGGCAUCGACACGGCACCAGUCGGUGGCAGAGAGGCCUUGCCUCCCAACAGGGUGGGGGGAGCUGCUCAUUGUAGUAGUGUGCGAUGCGCUAGGGGUUCAGCGGCGAGGAGGGCUCUCGUUGUGUGCCCGGCGUCUCUGGUUAACAACUGGGCAGCGGAAUUGCAGAAGUGGCUACAGGGCCGAUGCCCGUGCACUGCAGUGGCGGAUAGCUGCAAAGACAAAGUCGUGUCCAAGUUUGAGGGCUUCAAAUAUGAUCGGCAGUCCCGUGUUCUUAUUGCAAGUUACGAGACGUUCAGAGCGCAUGCGCAUCGGGUGGCAUCCGUUCCGAUAGAUCUGGUUAUAUGCGAUGAGGCCCAUCGCCUGAAGAACGACAAGACAAAGACGGCUGUAGCGAUCAGCCAGCUCCCCGCGAAAAAGCGCCUUCUGCUGAGCGGCACGCCAAUACAGAAUGACCUUGACGAGUUUUAUGCUCUCGUAUCGCUCUGCAAUCCGAAUGUCGUUGGAGACGCAUACACCUUUCGUAGAAGAUAUGCAACGCCUAUUCUCGUGGGAAGGGAGCCAGGCGCUACAGAGGCUGAACAGGAACUGGCAGCGGAAAGACUGGCUGAAUUGUCCUCUAUCACGAAUAUGUUUAUUCUUCGGCGCACCAACGCCCUGCUUGCAAAAGUGUUGCCCCCCAAAAUCAUCAUUGGGUUUGAAAAGUGUGCAGAGCUUUUUGAACAGCUCGAUCUCGAGGGCACGAAGACACGAAUUCGGUCGAUCCGGCCAGACGUGUCGGGAAAGAUGCUGGUGCUUGCGAGGCUCCUCCAUGCCAUUCGUGUGAACACGAGCGACAAAGUUGUGCUGAUAAGUAACUACACGCAGACCCUAGACCUGUUUGAACGCCUCUGCAAAGACUCGGGGUAUCCGUGUGUUCGUCUUGACGGCUCUACAUCGAUAAAGAAGCGACACGACCUCAUCACGAAGUUCAAUGACCCCAACGGCUCAGCAGCUACAAGCUUCGCAUUUUUGCUUAGCAGUAAAGCAGGAGGUUGCGGUGUCAAUCUGGUGGGCGCGAACCGUCUCGUCCUGUUUGACCCUGACUGGAACCCCGCUAAUGACAAACAAAGGCAAAUCUGCAAGGAUGGUCUGAGUGCCAUGCUGGUUAGUGAGGGAGAAAAUCAAAUAAAGGACUCGCUGUCGACUGAUUUGGUGAAGGAUUUGUUUCAACUCCGCGAAACGCGCUCAGACACGCACGACAUGCUGGAUUGCCAGCGCUGUAAACCAGGGAAGGAUGGUGAACUGCUAGGAAUGGUUCCACAGCUAGUAGAAGGUUUCGAGGAAGAUGACCUUCUUACAUGGGCACACCACGCGGAUUUGACGACAAUCCCCGAUACAAUGUUGCUUAAAGCGAUUGAGGCUGCUCAAGUAGAUGUCUCUAGCCGUGAGGGGCCUGAAACAAACGGAUCUACAGGCGCGAAGAAGCCUAUGUCCCUCGAAGAUGCGUUAGAAUAUUUCCAGCCUGUUUCAUUCGCCAUGUCAUGUAGAGUCGAAUUCAACAAAGAGGCUGAAGAAAUGCGAGCGUUAAACAAGAAACCGAAGCCGGCCUGCCUCUACGUGUUGCUGUUUCCACAGGAGCGAGAUGCCGAAACACCGCUUCCCAAGAAGAAACUCCGUGGGGACGACCCACACGGAGAUUUGAGUAAGCCAGGUCUGGCUCCUGCGGCAGGCGAUUUGGAAAAGACAGCUGUAGCAAAGACAUCAUCAGGCUUGACAGAUUCCUCGGCAGAAAAUUCUACAGCUCGUCUCACGAAUUCCAGUGCUUCCUCUAUGGACCUUCAAAAUAUCCAUGUUAGUAGAGCCGCAGUACCAAGCUCUACAGCAGUUUCUCAUGGAGAGCGCAUUCAGGUAGUUAACGGUGAUACAGAACUUUCAAGCGGCAGCGAAGACACCACUACUAGUGAGGAGGAAAUGUCAAGCGAUGAGACAGAAGCGUCAACGGAAGGUGAAUCGACCGGCGAUAGCGGAUCCGAAUAA